AUAUUCUUAUUGUUGCUGGUGAUGUUUCUGAGACAUACAAGAACUUUAUAAUGACCAUGUCUCUCUUGAAGAAUAAAUUUGAACAUGUCCUUUAUGUUCCUGGGAACCAUGACCUCUGGUGCCGUCGGGAGGGAGAAAUUUAUGUGAGCAAUGCUAUUUAUUUGCCAGGCCGUUAUAGUGCUUCUUGAUUCUCAUCAGAAGUUAAAUAAAGUGCUAGAUGCGUGUAGAGGACUUGGAGUUGAGACAAAUCCAAUAGUUUUAGAUGGCUUGGGAAUUAUUCCUUUGCUCUCAUGGUAUCAUGAGAGCUUUGAUAAGGAGGAGGAAAUAACCAAUAUCCACAUUCCACCUCUAGAGAUGGCAUGCAAGGACUUUAAGGCAUGCAAAUGGUCUGGGGAACUGUCAAAUGGAGAUACCUCGCUUGCUCUGUAUUUCGAUGCAAUGAAUGAGAAGAAUCAAAACGUGAUCAAGGAGAUCCAGAACACAUGUAGCCAAAUAAUUACCUUUUCUCACUUUGUCCCCAGGCAAGAGCUGUGUCCAGAGAAAAGAAUGCUAUUCUAUCCGAAGCUUCCAAAGAUUAUUGGCUCUGAUUGUCUUGAGGUUCGUAUAAGGUCCAUCCAUGGGGUUGAAGGAAGUGCAUCUGCAUGUCAUGUGUUUGGUCACACACAUUUCUGCUGGGAUGCUGUGCUUGAUGGUAUCAGGUAUCUGCAGGCUCCAUUAGCUUACCCAAGGGAACGGAAGAGGAGAAUGAAUGGGGGUGAAAAUUGGUUGCCAUUUUGUAUCUAUUCUAAUGGAAAGUUGUCUGAUAGGCUUUCGCCGUGUUAUUGGUCUGAUUAUUACUCUUCCAACCCAAGAACACCUCAUAACACUAAACUUGCCCCUUGGGUUGCCAGGUUUUAUAACCAAACAUGACAGUUCAAUAGACUCUAUAACCAGAUUGAAUUUAUUGAUGUAAUUUCUUUCAUCUAUGUAAAGCUUCUGAAUGUUGUUGCUGUUACUCUGUUAGCCUAUAAGUUCUGCUUCAGACGAAGCUAAGGAGGUAAGCGCCACAGGAAAAUAAUAACUGCUCCGCUCCUCACAUGUAUAAAGGUAUUGCUUGAAAAAGGUGUCCUGGUUUUGUUUUUGUUCGUUUUUUCUAAUGAGCAAUUGCUCGUUGCCUUAGAGAUAGAUUCCUGUAGUUGCAUUUUUUAAUAUUUCCAUUUAAGACUGUAAGUUAUUAUUCUGUAAAGUAAAAGUCAUUUCUGAUACCAAUGCUGAAGCAUAUAGAUGUUUAAGUAAUAGUUCAAGGGCUCCAACCAUGUUUAAAUGUAGAAACAGACCCAAACUCUUUAUUCUAUUUCUGAGAUACAGAAUUGGAGAUCCAUACGAUCAUGCUAAACAUUCAAAGCCCUAUAAGAGGUUCAUGGAACUACAUGGAUAUCUAGCAGCAAGAUGGAUGCUUGAGAGUAUCCGUAAGAGAACCAUCGGAUCGGAUCGGAGGCUUUUCUGCUAAUCUCGGCUUUUGGGGCUAGGUCAGGUAAGGGCCUCUGUUGGGAUAAAGUUAACUGCUGAGAAUUUUUUUUUCGAGUUUGCUUGUUGUAUUGGAUUUUGUUGUCUAUCUGGUUGAUACUUUGUGCACAGAUUUUGCUAGGUAAAUCUGGUUGAUACUUUGUUGUCGUAAA